AUGGCACCCGCCUCUGAAAUAACGCUCUCUUCCCUCAGCUACAUGAAACCAGAGCAGUUAUUUACAGAGCUAGAGCAGCAGUUUGAAACUUCCCCAGGCUCGAAACCGCGUGUAGCAGUCAUCGAUGUGCGCGACUCAGACCAUCUCGGCGGCCACAUUCGUGGUUCCGAAUGGGUGCCCUCAGACCAGCUGGACGCGCGUAUCCCGGAACUCAUCCGGCUGCAUGGUGACAAGGAGAAAGUCGUGUUUCACUGCAUGCUCAGCCAACAGAGAGGCCCAAGAGCGGCUUUGAAAUUCGCUCGGGCCUUGGAGCGUGAGAAAGCUAAGACGUUGGCGAACUCAAAAGGCAAGAGCGUGAGCAACGACGGUGAGACUAGAAUGCAGAGUGAGGGCGAGCAGCUGGUGCAACCGACCAUCUCAGAAGGCAAGGGUGCGACUAAGGAUGGUGAGGUCUCGGAUAAGACGGCGGACGAGGAGCACUUGCCCAAAGUAUGCGUGUUAGAAGGCGGCUUUGGAAUGUGGCAGGCAAGAUAUGGCGAGGAUGAGCGACUGACAGAAGCAUAUGUGAAGGACCUGUGGGAAGACGCUUACUAG